AUGGGUCAUUUCAGGCACAUCAAUGCAAGAAAAUCAAAACCAAGGUCGGCUUCGCACCAUGGCACUGCAUCUCCUGUAAGAGGUGACCGCUCCAAUGGUUCUAAAGGGAAGCGGCGUCCAGAUGCCAACCGGACAAACCAAGCCAAGGCGUCGACAAAUGUUCAGCCGCGUACUCACAUGAGUGCUGAUAGUGUGCCUUCCGAAGUGCAUUCACCGAAUUCUUUGGACCAGCCCUCUUCGACCACGACCCGCGUUACGCUCGAUAAGCUUGAGAGCGGUGAAGAAGAAGGGACUGCUCAUGGUGAGAAGCAGCAGCAGGUAGAGGAAGAGACAGCGGCAGAGGCAGAGGCAGAGGAAGAGACAGAAGAAGAGACAGAAGGAGAGACAGAAGGAGAGACAGAAGAAGAGACAGAAGAAGAGACAGAAGAAGAGCCAGAGGUAGAGACAGAAGAAGAAGAAGAGACAGAGGCAGUCAGAGAUUAUUUCGACCUGACAUACGCCCCGCACACAAGAAAAUACGUGAUGGUGUCGAAGACUGAAGAGUAUCCUCGGUGGCAAGAUCUGGCAUCUGUCUCGAUGUGUACGUUGAAGAAGCAGCAGAUCCGUACCGGUGCCUAUGUGGACAUUCGAAUGCAAGCAUCCGGUGAAGAAGCAGCAUAUGCCAAAGUCAAAGACAUCCGUGUCCUUGCACCGAAACGCUGGCUGCUUCUGCUCGCAUGGUUGUACUUCAAGAACGACUACUAUUACGAGAGCAAUCAUUUGCAAAUCUUGUUGUGGGACACCGUCGAUGCUGUUCUUCGUCCUGACAAGAUUGCCCUUCGGUCCCACGUCAUCUAUGACGUUUGUAGCUCGGGCAAGCUGUUGUCGAAACCGGCAGACCUCCAGAAGUGGCAAGCACGGGAGCAACCAUUACACGUAGCAACUUCCUAG